AUGCUAAACUUCACAGGACAAACGAAGAAAAGAACGGUCAAUCUUGGCGACCGGAAAUCGGUGCCUCGAGGACGGAACUUUCUUGAACAGACGAAAUUGCAGAGACAGCAGCGUGAAGAGUUGCGUACUAGAGAGAGGAGUGCUGCGUUGAUCCAGCGGUAUAUCAGACGGUGGCAGGAAUUGCUGGACGUGCUGAGUGAAUUUGUUGGGGGCUGGGAUGAAGAUGGUGAUUGGAACGUUCGGGCGGUUCAGCUUGGUCUUUACUCGAGGUACUGUUCGAGACUGGCUCCAGUGGGCCAGGUGGUCCACAAGCUAGUGGUGAGCCUGGGUGGCCAAUUGGGGGAGAGGGCGGUUUUGGUGACUUAUGCGCUGAUUAACAGGCUACUACGGAACGGUAGGGAUGAACGGAGUCUUGUGGCUAGCUUGUACCUGUUGUUGGUUGAGUAUGGUGCUCCACAGGUGCCAAAUGAGGCAUUUAGAGGUAUUAUCAGAAGGCUACAGAUGGCGGAGGAGUGUGAAGAGGCUACGAAAUGUAUAUUUCUUAUCAACUCGGCGGAUCCAGAUGGCCAGUUUCUUUCAUUUCUUGCGGCUUACCGUCCAGCUGCUGCUGAUACUGAACUUGCCAAUGUCGCUUCGUCUGCGGUGCUUGCCACUGACCAUAACGUGCUUUUGAACCUUUCCAACCAGCAAAAAGUGGCUCUUUUGGUUUCGGUGAUUACUUUGCAGGGUGAAGACGUUAUUCUGCCUUCUGCUUACCAUGUUCACGCUAGAAUACUAUCUACAAUGUCUACAGUCGCCUUGACGUCUGAGGAACCAGAGGACGAGGAGUACGGACCGCCUCAGAAACAAACCCUCAUAUCAAGGGAAGAUAUGGACGCUGUGCUCAACCUAUACACAUCGAAAUAUGUUUCUUUGGUGAUGAAUCAGCUUGUCAGUGUUGAUGUUGGUGGACACGAUGCAAAUGUUGCCAUGCAAACGAUAGCAACGCUCAUGCACCUUGUACAACCUCCAACUAAGCUCUGUAUGCUUAUUACGAUCACCCCUGGUUCCCAUAAACGUUUCUUCCAAGAGCUCAAUAGGGAUCCUAUUUUCAAGCACUUCCUUGAGGCAGAGAACUCGAGGGAUUAUCUACUGGGAGAUGAAAUCGAACAAUACCGCUCUUUGUUGAGCAACAGCAUGUUCUGGAAUACGCUUUACACGUUCCAAGAGAUCAUGUCAUAUUGGCUCUUUGUCAGUAAUGAUUUGGAGAGCUUCAGUGAAGAGAAGAUUUCAAAAGCAGAGGCAGUUGUGCUUUCGAAGUUUUUGAAGAUUUUAACACUUACACUCAUUUUCAACACCAACAAACCUGAUCCAGCAAGAGUAUUUGGUGAUAUUCAGAAGCUCAAGGCAUCCUCUUUGAACUUACUUAACCUGCUUUACUUCAAAAACUUGAGAAUCAAGUUCCUUCCUGAAGCGUUUUGGAAGCUUAAGCAUCUUAAUUUCGAUAUAGACAGCAUGAUUGUGCUCGUUCUAGAUGACCAGAUGAGCGACUCGCAUCAUGAUGAUGACUAUGAUUCGGAAACAGAACACACAGUGCCUCAAGUGAGGUCCAAGCGCACCAACGAUGCUAUUGCUAAACUUGAAGUCUUGGAUAAGGUGUCAUACUUUAUCGACUUUAAGGAUAGAGUGAAGGUUUUCCAGAGCAUCAUUGAGAGUGAUCGCCAAAACCUACCAAGCAAUAACGCUUUUGGUUUCUUCAUGGAGAACCCUCCUCUGCGCUUUGAAGCCGAUAUUUCUAGAGGCUCCGUACUCGAGGAUGCCUUCAAAAACUUUUAUCAUUUGGGCCACAAGUUCAAGGAGAGAAUUUCUGUUACAUUCCACAGUGAACAUGGUCCUGAAGCUGGUAUUGAUGGCGGUGGUAUCACCAAAGAAUUCUUGACUUCUGUGGCUAUGGAAGGUUUUGAUCCAAAUCUGAAGCAGGCUUUGUUUAAGGAGUCUCCAGCAAAUAACGAACUUUAUCCCAACGACGAUAUCUACAUGAGCGUUCACGAGAAGCUUGACUUGAAGAGACAGCAAGAAAGACUUCUUUACAUCCAGUUCCUUGGCAUGACGAUCGGAAAGUGUUUUUACGAGAAUGUCUUGAUCGACAUUGAGUUUGCACCCUUCUUUUUGACAAAGUGGACUAGUGCACUCAGCGCCGCCAAAAACUCCGUCAACGACCUCCAAUACUUGGACGUGGAACUUUACCACAACCUCAUGAAAUUGCUUGAAAUGAGCGAGAGCGAGAUCAAGGCUUUAGACUUGAACUUCACCAUCAACGAAGUUGUCCAGGACAGAGUGGUCAAAUUCGAUCUUCAGCCUCCACACGGUGAAAGUGUCAGUGUCACCACCACCAAUCGUUUAAAUUACAUCCACGAGGUUGCAAACUUUAAACUCAACCAGUGUCUCUACCUCCCAUCCAAGCACUUCUUGGAAGGAUUGCAUAGAAUCAUCGACCGCAAGUGGCUCAACAUGUUUGACCCAUUUGAACUCCAGAUGUUGAUCAGCGGAGGCGAGGUGACUGUCAAUGUGGAAGACUGGAAGAACAAUGUCAACUAUGGCGGGUACUUUGACGACGAUAUCACCGUCAAGUACUUCUGGGAAGUGGUUGAAGAAAUGGAUUCCAAAGAACGUGGACGUCUCAUCAAAUUCGUCACGUCUGUCUCCAAAGCACCACUUCUUGGUUUUGGUUCCCUCAGUCCCAGAUUUGGCAUUCGCAACAGUGGUCGUUACCCAGACAGGCUCCCUACAGCAGUGCCUAAGAGAGUCUCUCAAUUGCAAAGAUCCUUUCACGUAUCUUUACCCAGAAAGAUCAUCAACCCAUUGUUACCGUUUGAUGUUUUGGAAGAGGUGAAGGACGACGAGUUAGAUGAAGAAAACAAGACGCUAUCGAAAGAUAAGAAGAGGUUGAUUCAACAAAAGAGAAAGAUUGUCAAGAAGUAUAACGAUGAAAAGGAGAAACACAGUGACGACGAUGACAAGAACAAGCAAGAGCCUGCGAUUACAAAAGACAUAACCACUGAGGUUCAGGGCCUAGGAUGGAGUGAACUGCUUCGACAAGGCAGUGGAGGCAGUGGAGGGGGAGGGGGAGGUAAUGGACCGCCUAAUAAGAAUGACCAGGACGAUAAGGAUGCUGAAAAGAAAGAAGAAGAGAAGAAGCAGGAGAAAGAAGAACGUGAGGAAGAGAAGGAAGAAGAGAAGAUAGAUGAAAAACUCGAGGAAGAAGAGUCCAAGUCGAAGUUCCGUGAAACCAUGGAGAAGUUGGGCCGGUUCUUGUUCAAGUGCUUGGAGACAAUUGGUAUCACGCUCAGUUCGGUUGGUAUUCUCGGGCUUUCUGGGUACUUGUACCAUCAGAUCUAUAACCGUCAGGUCUUGGAGAAGAUGGGUCUGGCGUUUGAAAGUGGGGAUCCAGCGUACCAAUUGGCGGUGCAUAAGAAGACGAAUAAGAGGCCAGAUACGGAAGAGGAAGAGAGUAAUGAUGAUCUUUCUGGGUUUUGGGUCAAUAGACCUCAACAGCGGUUGCUAGAUGAUAUCGUUUCUGGUAAGAUCAGAGGACGGUACUUUCUUGUGGUUGGCGAAAAGGGAACGGGAAAGACAACGUUGAUUAUGGAGGCAAUGAAGAAGAUAGACGGGAAGAAUGUUGCUAUUUUCGAUGCCCAUGCUGACCCCGAGAUCUUUAGAAUCAGACUAGGCCGGGCAUUGAACUUUGCCUAUUCUGAGGAUUACAUUGGCUCGUUGUUCAGUAUGAGAGGUCCUCGUGAUACCACGGCUCUUUUGGAUAUAGAGAGGGCGUUCAACAAGUUGGAAACGCUUGCCAUUGAGAGAAGGAUGCUGGGUAAGAGUGAAAAGCCAUUGAUUAUGAUUAUCAACAAUCUGCAUUUAAUCAAGGAAAACGAAGAGGGCGUCAAGCUUUUGGAGCUCCUCCAGCAAAAAGCUGAAGGGCUCAGUGGCAGCGAUUUGGUCACUAUGGUGUUCAACUCUGACGAUUACUGGGUUUAUGAAAAGCUCAAGCGGUUGGGAACCAGACUAGAGCUCAUCAACGUAAGAGAUUUCAACCGUGAAGAGACCGUCAAGGUCCUACAGUUCAUCAGAGGCAAGCAUUGGCCAGUUUCAAAGCACCCUGACCAAAGACUUGACGAAGAGUCGUGCCACAAGAUCUACGAUUUGAUUGGCGGUCGUCCUCAGCAUAUCAGUCAAGUAGCCAGGCACAAGGACGUGAUCCACGCUUGUAACGAGAUCAUUGACCGUGAAAAGACAUGGUUUCUUAACCAGUGUGGGCUUCUAGGAGAAGGAAUGGAUGAUGAUGUGAUGGAGUUUGGAAAAUUUGCAACCAGUGCCAUGUUCCUCAUGCGAGUGUUUGUUGAAAUGGACAGACAACGAAUGAAUACGCUAAUUCAAUCGAAAGGUGCCGCCACAGAGCACUGGAAGAACCACCACCUACCAGAACUCCCACUCUGGAGAGCCCGGCAGAUCAUGACCCGGCCCGAUUUCAUCCAGCAGUACGAUAAUCUCAAUAUCUUUACCGUGGACUCGGACUCACGGGUGCGUGCCGAUUCAGUUCCGAUGAUGAGAGCGUUCCAUGAAAUUGCAUCACAGCCCCAUUUCGACGAAUUACUAGAGAAUACCGCCGACCGAGUAGACGCCAUUGAGUCGCUUGGACGUACGCGAGAGUUGGUUAUGAAAGAUUUAGUCCAUGGCCAACGGUAUGACAUCACGAAAAAAGGGGAAGGCUUCGCCGUAAGCAUGGACGAUAAACAGAACCAAGAGGACGAGUGUGAAGAGCAAAUGCUCAUGGAAGAAGUCAGCAAAAGCGCCCACCGCAAGAAAUGGUGGGAACGACGCAUGGGGUCGUUCGACCAGCUGUACUUGCCCAGAGAGCCGGACCCCGGUGAUAGCAAGCAAGGAUAG